GUAAACUGCAGAAUUGCAACGUGAGGGUCAUUUUAUCCACAAGAGCUACCACCAUCUGGCAGGCGGGACUCAGAAAGCUGAAAAACCUGCAGUCAGGAUGGCCACAGGGUAGACCUCUGACCAGGGGAAUUAUGGGAAAUGGCCACCAUGGCAGAAGACACGGUCAGUAGCUCCCAGUCAUCCUUCAAGGCCCUGGCGCUGCGAGUGGUGGACCUCCCCCUCUCAGUCUACAACUCCCUUGGCCAGGUGAAGGUCAGCACCAGCACCAAGAAGCUCUUCGCCAUCACCGCCUUCAGUGCAGUCUCGCUCCUCUUCCUCGCCCGUCACUUCAAGAGGAGGAAAGGGAAAAAGAAGGCCCAGUCGCCAUGGGAACCGGAGAACUUUGAGUUCCUCACGACUGCUCCCUCAGAGAAGGACUCAAGCCACGCCAGCAGUCGUCAGAACCUCAGCCUCUCGUUAAACUCCAAGAGCUGCCACUCCUGCAACCUCCUCCCGAAUGGCGGCCUGUACAGCAAGCUGUCCGGCUCCCUGCAGAGUCUGGCUUCGGUGAAGAGCGUCAACUCCUCCAACAGCUGCACAUGCGCGAACAGCUCCAGCUGCUGGGACAAGACCGGGGACGACAGCGACGUGUGCAACGUGGUCAACAUCCCCGUCACCACCCCCGAAAACCUCUACCUGAUGGGGAUGGAGCUGUUCGAGGAGGCCUUACGACGCUGGGAGCAGGCCCUCACCUUCCGCAGCCGGCAGGCGGAGGACGAGGCCGGCUGCGGCGCGGUGAAGCUGGGGGCCGGCGACGCCAUAGCCGAGGAGAGCGUGGAGGACAUCAUCAGCGCUGAGUUCAUCCACAAGCUGGAGUCCCUGCUGCAGCGGGCAUACCGCCUGCAGGAGGAGUUCGAGGCCACCCUGGGAGCGUCCGACCCCUCCUCCCUUGCCAACGACAUCGACAAAAACACCGACAUCACGGUGAGAGAGGACGGCGACGACCUCUGUCUGCGGGACACCAUGAGCAUCGCCUCCACGGACUCCUUCGUGUCCGCCGCUGAGCUGUCAGAGCACCGGGAGCUGAGGAGUGCGCUUUGCCAUUACCCCCUCUACGAGGAGGCCCUGCAGCUGGCAGAGGAGGGCAAGAUCUCCUGCAGGGUGCUGAGAACUGAGAUGCUGGAGUGUCUUGGAGACACUGACUUCCUGGCAAAGUUACACUGCGUGCGACAGGCUUGUCAGGUUAUUCUGUGUGAAAGACCCACCAGAGUAUUUCUGGCUGAUGCAGGGAAAAAGAUUCUGUCAUCCAUAAUUGUGAAAGCACGCAAGAACCCAAAGAGAUUUGAGGAGGUAUUCGAGGAGAUGAUGAAUUUCCUGGAGCAUACUGACCACUGGGAGAACACAGAGGUGGAGCUGGCCACACGAGGGGUGAAGCAUUUGAACUUCUACGACAUCGUCCUGGAUUUCAUCCUCAUGGACUCCUUUGAGGAUCUGGAAAACCCGCCCAUUUCCAUCCAGAACGUAGUCAACAACCGCUGGCUUAACAGCGCCUUCAAAGAGACCGCCGUGGCAUCCAGUUGCUGGUCAGUGCUGAAGCAGAAGAGACAGCACAUGAAGGUGACGGAUGGAUUCAUCGCCCACUUCUACGCUGUCUGUGAGCACAUAAGCCCUGUUCUGGCAUGGGGUUUCCUGGGGCCAAAAAGCUCCCUCCACGAUUUCUGCUGCUUCUUCAAGGACCAGGUGCUGUUCUUCCUGAAGGACAUCUUCGACCUGGAGAAGGUGCGCUACUCCAGCGUGGAGAGCCUGGCCGAGGACAUGCUGCAGCUCCUGCACCGCCGCUCCGAGCUGCUCCUGGCCUACCUGGGGGCCGACUCCCUGCGUCACCUCAACGGCUGCGUCAGCACCCAGGCGCCCCUGGUGCCCAGCUCUCUGCUCGAGGCUCGGGUGCAGUAAGACCCCCUCCUAGCCCUCACCCCACCCACGUUCCUCUCCACUGCCCUGUCUCCUCCGCCUUACACUCACCUACCUUAUACACGCUCUUCUCAUUCAGCUGGCCCCAUGCAUUAUCUCUCAAUUGGCUCCUCCCACUCAUAUAUGAGCCUGCCUUCAGACCACACCCAUUUCCUGAGACCCCUCCCCACUGCAACACUGCCCAAAAGCGAUCAUUCCUUUACCUCAGUUCCACUCCCUCAAAGACUCCUCUCCCUCAGCUACCCUUCUCUACCCCAACACUCCAAACCCCCCUCUUUAAUUUUUUUAACCCUCUCUUUGCCAGCACAAUUGGAAUGCAGCUCUUGUGAGCUUUGCCUAAAAGCAUGGGAAUAAGGGAGUAGUUUAUUUGAGGACGGGUUCACAAUCGCCAGUGUCAUAAACUGAAUUAAAAAAAAAAAAAAACGCAGAUUUUGAAAAGGGGUUAGGAGAAAGGACGAAUAAAAUGACUGCCUCUGUUAACUUGUUUUGGACCGUGUGAGGAAAGAUCUGCUGUUAUAGUGGCUGUAUUUAUUUUCAUUGUACUUGAAACGAUGUGGCACCUUAUUUUUCUUGGACUGCUCCAGAUCAUCCUCUGACUAUAUCCGUUUAAAAUGAGUCAUGACUGUAUUGCUCUUCUGUUAGAUGAUGACUUUGUAUUUUGACUAUAUAUAGUCUAUAUUUGACUGUAUUUAUAUAUAUAUAUAUAAUGCCACAUUGCUGCUAAAUAUGCCUUGUCAAAAGUUCCAUUUGCAACUGGUAGACUUUCAUGUAGUGAACACAAGGCUCUGGAUGUAGCUACUUCUGUCUUGGCUCACUUGGCCUCGCACUGCUGGAGCUCUCAAUGUAUUGCCCAGAAUAAAACACUGUCUUGCCAUUUUAUACUCAAACGUAAGGCUGUUGUGAAUGUAUCACUUUUUUUUUUUGUUCACAAAUAGGGAAUAUGAAAGCCUUACUCUAAGCACAUUUUUUGCCCCAAGCAGCAGUUAGCUUUUUCCUGGCAGGUGUUUUUGGAAGUGGCAGGUGCUGGAAGCCCAAUUGUGAAGCCCCCCCAGCUGCGUUUUCCAUUCUCUAUGGAACUUCUGAAGACCAGGUGCCAACUUGCCAAACUCUACCCUCCGCCGGCUUUGCUUAAACUGGACCAUUUGUUCAGUCUGCUGGUGUUAUCAAUGAGCUCGUUUCAACAACAAAUUUCAGUUAGCCUGGAGGUUUUCUGCGUGUGUGUGUGUGUCUCUCUCAGAUUGUCAGCACAUAAUAGCUGUGUUGACACAUGGCCAGAUAACUUUAUUAAACCAAAAAGGAAAUAAAAAAUAGUUUUUUUUUCCAAUUCAUCAACUGUUUUACUGCUGUGAGAAAGGGGAGCUAUUUGGAUGAUAGACAAAGGAAACAUGAGAAUGAGUAAUUUUAUUUUUUAUAUAUAAAAUUGCACUUCCCCAGCGUGUACAAAGUAGAACUGCA